AUGGCCUCGGAGGCUCGAGCUGGUGGCGGGCCUCAGACCACGCAGGUCUCGACAACCACCCUGCUCAACGCCAUCCACAACAUCUAUCUCACCUCACAGCCGCAUCAGCUGGAUGCGAGCACCAGCGUCGUCGUCAACACAUGGCUCACAGCUGCCCAGGGCGGUCCCGCCGUCGACGCUACACUGGCAUCGCGGGCCUGGGAGCAUGCCAGGCGGCGUGCAGAAGAUGGCUGCGUCGUCUUGGGCUCUCUGCACCAGUCGACCCCCUCCCUCCUUGUGCCUUUCCUGAACUCGUUCCCGUUUGCCAUCCCGUCUUCCGUCUACAAGGCCCUCGAGGCCAUCCAGCCGCUUCUCCGAUGCGUCACUCCGCAGAACCCAGCGGCCCAGAGGCAAGCCGGCCUGGGCGUGACAUUGUCUCUGAACCUCGCCGGCAACCUGACUGGAGCUACGCUGGCUCUCUCCCAGGGUGGGAUCAACACCGACGCGGGCCUGCUGAACAUUCCUGCCGAGGCAGGCUAUCGCGCUUUCGAUGUCUUCUACUACCUCUUGACAUCGGCAUCCACGCCCGCGGAGAGGGAGUUUUUGGGUCUCAAAUCGGCCUCUGCUUACGCCCUGCUGGCUCGAUCUGGCACCUACGACCCGCCGUCCUACCUGCCCACUGCAGAUGACUCCGCGGCGGCCGACGACUUCCGCCAGGCUCUUAAGGACAUUGGCAUCAAGGGCUCAGCUCACCGAAAUUUCAUCUCGACCCUGGCCGGCCUGCUCAAGCUGGGCGACACGCUCGAUUACAGCAUCGAAUCCGAAGCUCUCGAGGAGAUUUGCGAGGAUGUCGGUGGCCUGCUCGGCAUCGACCCAGACGUCAUCCAUCGCCAGUGCAGCACGGAAGACCGAAAGACGCUGGUUGGCGGACUCUACGAGUCCCUCGUUGACUGGGUCAUCUCAAAGGCCAACGCCGCCAUUGCUGCGCAGCUCGUCCGCAUAAGAGAUGGCGAUGAGUCUCUGGACGGCCAUGGCGUGCGCACUCCCACCUCGAACGAGGACAACGGCGACACUGUUGCCAUUACCGUUCUCGAGGUCCCCGACCCUGCUCUUGGCAGGGCGCUGUGUAUGCGUUCCGUCUUUGACGACACUCAAGGCAUCAACGCCGAGAUGAUUAAUGAUGGCUUCGAAAUCCCCCCGGCCAGCUCCUCGAUCCUUAGAGAGGUCCAGCAGGCUGUCUCCGAGGUAGCGGCGGACUUGGGAGUCCCGAGCCCUCAGACCCGCGAGCGCCAGCACGCAUUGGAGAAGCGAGAGGUCGUUCUGGAGAAGGCUGCGUUUGGCGCUGAUGAUGGUAGCUUCCUCAAAAGCCUGCUCUUCCCAGUAGAAGGCCAAGGCAUCAACCUGGGCCGGGCUGGUCGCAUUGAUCUACCCACCGUGCUCAGCUCCAACCGGCUGUGGUAUCAUCUCUGCCUGCACCCGACCGAUGAUUCACCAGCCAGCCUGGCGGCGCUGCCCUCCAUCACGUCUGCAUGGUCGGCCGGCACUGUCUCUCGGCAGCUGCGCUCGUGGAGGCUUCCGGAAUGGGCCAACCGCAGACAUCGAAACCUCGACUUCACCGCCGACUUUGACGUUGACGAGUUCGUACAGCGUUAUGCCCCCCUCGGCUGUAGGGAUGGCAGGGAAGGCAUCGAGACAUGGAUCCUGGAGCGUGGUUGGACCAAUGGCGAAGUUUUCAUCGGCAAGGAACGCAUCUGGAUUCGCGACAGCGCCUGGUGGGAGGCGGAGAGCAUGCUGGAUGUCAAGCCGGGCGACGAAAUCCACCCCAUCCACAGCAACCCCUUCAACAACGGCUUCGACACUGGCUAUUCGGGCAAUGGCAGCGGAUACUUCCCCCCCACUGGCGUGGACAACAUGGCCAGUGCCAGCCGGGACCAGCUGCACCACCGCGGCAUGAGCCAGGGCAAUAUGAGCCAGUUGACACUUGGCCAGGCGCAGACCCCUCAGGCCGCGCCGUCCAUUGCACCAAGUGCCAUGCGUAGUGGUGACUAUGGCCUGGGUAACAAGGGCGACUUGUAUAGGGGUGAUGGCUUUUACAACCCAGAGGCCGCUCCCUUUGUUGACGCCGAAAUGGCUGAGAACAAGCAGCUGGAGACCAAGGAGGUCGACAACGCCCGUCGGGCAUGGGUUUGGUUCACCUGGGCUAUGACCUGGUGGAUCCCGUCCCCGUUGCUCAGGUAUAUCGGCGGCAUGAAGCGCCCCGACGUUCGCAUGGCCUGGCGUGAAAAGCUGGCGCUGUGCAUGCUCAUUGCUCUCAUGAAUGCCAUCAUCAUUUUCUGGAUUGUCGGAUUUGGACGCGUUCUGUGCCCCAACUUGGAUAAGGCCUGGAACCGGAAGCAAGUCUCAACUCAUCAAGGCACCAACGAUUUCUACGUCAGUAUCCGUGGCGGCGUCUACGACAUUUCCAAGUUCUGGAAGCAGCAGCACAGCGAUACCAACGUCAAGACCACUUCGGAUGUGAUGCUGCCCCUGGCUGGCAUGGACAUGGAUGACUACUUCCCGCCCCCUCUGAAUGUGGCCUGCCCUGGGCUCGGCGUUCCCAACACGCUUCAGCUGAUUCCCAACAACACUGUCCAAUAUUCCGUGGCCGUACACACCUCUGGUCACUUUCAGCCCGAUCCUACCAGCAAGCUGGCUGACGAGAACUGGUAUUGGAAUGUGUUUGAGCCGGCCAUUGAAGAAUUCUACAAGGGACAGCUGGUCUACACGAAGAAGGACGUUAAGAAAGAAGGCGAGGAGUCGCAAAGGAUGUGGGCCAUGUACGGCGACCAGAUCUACGACUUGACCAACUAUUUCCACACCCUGGACGUGUACAACAACGACGAGCGUUACACGUUCCUCAACAAGGACAUCACCGACCUGUGGAGCGACAACCCCGGCACGGACAUCAAGGAGAAGCUGGACAUUAUCCUCAACGACCCCAACAACAACAGCACCGUGCACGCCAACCUCGAGAACAGCUGGCUCUGCAUCCAGCGUGUCUUCCUCAAGGGCAGCACGGAUUUCCGCGUGACGCCUCGCUGCGUGGUCAACAACUGGAUCCUUCUCUCCUUCACGAUCGUCUUGUGUAUCGUCAUCGCACUCAAGUUUGUCUCGGCUUUGCAAUUUAGCACCAAGCGCAAGCCCUCUCCCCAGGACAAGUUUGUCAUUUGCCAGGUCCCUGCCUACACAGAAGGCGAAGACUCGCUGCGAAAGGCCCUCGACUCGCUGACGGCUCUGCAAUAUGACAAUAAGAGGAAGCUCAUAUGCAUCAUCUGCGAUGGUAUGGUCGUCGGCGGAGGCAAUGACCGUCCCACGCCCAAGAUCGUUCUGGACAUCCUGGGUGUCGACCCCAAGGUUGACCCUCCUGCUUUGGCGUUCAGGGCCGUCGGCCCCGGUAGUGACCAACUCAACUAUGCCAAGGUCUACUCUGGUCUAUAUGAGUACGAGGGCAACGUGGUCCCCUACCUGGUCGUGGUCAAGGUCGGAAAGGAGUCGGAGCAGACUAAGGCCAAGCCCGGCAACCGCGGCAAGCGUGACUCUCAGAUCCUCCUGAUGAGCUUCCUUAACCGUGUUCACCACCGUUCUCCCAUGAACCCGCUGGAGCUGGAGAUGUUCAAUCAGAUCAACAACGUCAUCGGUGUCGACCCCGAGCUGUACGAGUACCUCCUCAUGGUUGAUGCCGAUACGUGUGUCCAGGAAGACUCCCUCAACAGGCUGGUAGCUGCAUGCGCUCACAAUGCUAAAAUUGCCGGCAUCUGCGGCGAGACGAGCCUGGAGAACGACCAAAAGUCUUGGUGGACAAUGAUCCAAGUCUACGAAUACUACAUCUCUCAUCACAUGGCAAAGGCCUUUGAGUCUCUGUUCGGCAGCGUUACCUGUUUGCCUGGAUGUUUCACCAUGUAUCGCCUGCGGACAGCUGAAAAGGGCAAGCCCUUGAUCAUCUCUGACCAAGUCAUUCGAGACUACAGCGUCUGCGACGUGGAUACACUCCACCAGAAGAACCUCCUGUCCCUGGGUGAGGAUCGAUACCUGACGACUCUGAUGACGAAGCACUUCCCGAACAUGCAGUUCAAGUUCCUCCCUCACGCUCAGUGUAAGACAGCGGCCCCAGAGUCGUGGAGCGUUCUCUUGUCCCAACGUCGACGAUGGAUCAACUCUACCAUCCACAACCUGGUGGAGCUGCUCCGACUUAAGGACAUGUGUGGCUUCUGCUUCUUUGGCAUGCGAUUCAUCGUCUUCAUCGAUCUCUUCGGUACCAUCAUCCUUCCCGCAACAUGUGCGUACCUGGGCUACAUGAUCUACAGCGUCGCCACGCACCCGACAUCGUUCCCUCUCUGGUCUCUUGUCAUUCUGGCUGCCGUCUACGGUCUCCAGGCCUUGAUCUUCAUCCUCAAGAGACAGUGGCAGCACAUUGGAUGGAUGAUUAUCUACAUCCUUGCCUAUCCCAUCUACUCGUUUGCCCUUCCCGUCUACUCCUUCUGGAACCAGGACAACUUCUCCUGGGGUAACACUCGUGUCGUCAUCGGAGAGAAGGGCAACAAGCAGGUGGUUGCUGUCGACGAUGAGGGCUUCAACCCGGCUUCCAUCCCCUUGCAGCGUUGGGACGACUACGCUCUGAUGAACGGCCUGCCGGGCCGCCGUGGCAACUACUUUGCCCAUGAGAAGCAGGACAUGGCCUAUGGCGAGUACGAGAUGGACGAAAUGAAGAGUGUCUACUCUGCGGGUCCCCAGGGCUCGGUCCUCACCGGCAUGCAGGGCCGCAACACAUACAUGCCUCCCCAGCCUCAUUCCCCUGCGCCGUUUGCCGCCAGCCAAAUGGGCGACCCUGCCUACAUGCAGCACCGACAGUCGAUGAUGUCCUUGGGUACUGCGAUUCAGGAUCGCAGCGGGUCGCCAUACUCGGACUUCCCCCAGCGUACGAGUGUGAUGCAUACCCGUGGCCCAUCCAACCUGACUCUGACUCCCUCGCCUGGACUUGGCGGCAUGAACCGCUCCUCUUCCGCCAUGAGCUUCGGCCGAGGCCAUGAAGCAGCCCGAUCGACCGCUUCGUUUGACUUCAUGGGAGCUGCCGGUGGCGUUGCGUCGGAUGCUGCCAUCAUUGAAGCCAUCCAGGCCGUGCUGCGGGACGUUGACCUCGACACCGUUACGAAGAAGCAGGUUCGCGCGCUCGUUGAGCAGCGUCUGCAGACGGAGCUGGUUGGUGAGCGUCGCACGUUUGUGGACAAGCAGAUCGACCGGGAGUUGGAAAACAUGUAA